CAAGUUGGCAGCACUCACUGGCAACAGUGAGUUUAUAAGUCUCUAAAAAUUGUUAAUUUUUAUUUUUAUAAAAAUGACGCUUAUAAAAAAGUCACAGCUAUACAAAUUGCUGGUGGAGAAAAUGUACAAUAGAUGCCAGCAAAUUCAGGCAGAAAAUGAGCGCAGUGUAAUGAGAGUAAAUGGCAUAAAAAAAUUAUUACGACGGCGCACAUACGAUGUGGAGCUGUUGAAAAGACGACUUGACAAGCACGGUGAUAACUGGCGGUCAGUACCUAUGGUGGCGCCACAACCAAAAGGCAAACCCGAACAAAAACGCCGCGGUCCCAAACCAAAGAACAAGCAGGCAAACACAGAUGGAACAAAUGAAGCCCAACAAACGGUGACUCGCAAACCUAGAAAACAACGUGCGAAAAAGCAACAAACUGAAGUCAAUGCAGCUCUUGCGAUACCACAACAACAACAACAACAUUUGCAAAUUGCUUAACUAUUGAUUCAUCAGAUUCAAUUAUUUUAGGUAUUAAUUUAGUUUAUAAGCUGAGAAGUUGUACUUUAAGGUGUAUUUAUAUAAGGUUGCGUCCUUGACACAGUUGAUCUCGUUGAGGUACCUCUCUCUCUGUAGGCGAGAGAGCACUUUUGAAAAUUUAACUACCACAGCUGUCAACAAAGAUGUCACCUUAUAUAAAUACACCUUGUUGUAGUUUAAUUACAUGUAUUUUAUAGAAUUUUUACUUAUAUAAAGCUAAAACAAAGAAAUU